GGGUACUCCCUGUGUUGGAUAGAGUCAAGUCGGUCAAAACCACAGGGAGUCUUCAAGCGGGAAAGUAGCCCAAACGAGGAGAGGGUGAGUCUGGGUGUCAACACGGAAGGGCGGCUGCCGACGGUGCGGCAAUUUUUGGCCGCAGAAAUGAGUAACGCGUCGUUCUCUGGUUGCAAGGUGACGUCACGCCAAUGGCGCAACCGCGCAGCCUGGGCAGAGAUGCAGCCGAUGGAUGACGAUUGGCAAGGAUGGGAGUUGCGCGCGAGAGAAGGGGGGAUAGCGUGUGUUUGAACGAGCUGCGCCACGGGUCAGCAUACCGCUGGUUGUGUGCAAACUAAAGUUGACCAUCUGUCACCAGAGCUUGACGGAGGAAGCGGGGCACAAACGCGCGUGCGAACAAGUCGACCGACCGCUCGCCGGCAUCAGCGCCGGGUGCGGUCUGGAGGGCGCGGAUGUGUAGGACCGGGUCAGCAGCAUCCGCGUUGGAAGCGAGAACGUUGCGGAGGCGGAGCAAGCCGAGGGCCAUGCCCGAGUCGAUCGAAGCAGAGCCGACACGGCCGACGGCUUUGGACGAGUCGGCGAGGGUGAUGCGGGUAUCGGGAGCAAGGUGCAGGCGCGGAAGGUCGAGGCGGGCCGCACCAGUGGCGACGAGCUCGUUGGGCGAGGUAGCCUCGAGCUGUGCUCGCGUUGGCAGCGUAUCGGGAGACGGCGCGAGGGCCAGAGGCAGGAUGCGCUUGCGAAUCGCACCGCGGGCGUGCGUCCGCGCAAUCAGCUCCUGGCCAACGUAGCAGCCCUUGGUGAGCGAGAGCGCCGAGAGCGCGUCAAGCGACAUCUCGGGCGCAAGCGCCUUGUUGGGCGGAAAGUCGGCCCAGGUCUCCGGCAAGCCGAGUGCAACCCGGUGAGCGAGAUACGCCGCCGGCUCGGCACCGUCGAUGGUGCCGUCGAGGGCAUCGAGCUCGGCAAUGCCGCGGCCGCCCAUGCGCGGGUCGCGCGGAUCGACCACGCCAUCCCCGCCAGACAGCGCGGCGUAUACCCCGAGCUCGUCCGCCUCGGCAAUGCUAACCUUGGCGCGGAGCUUGUACCGGGCAAGGACGCGGAGGAGCGCAGGGAGCGACUCAGACGCCACGUCCAGCGCAAAGCGCGAGCCGUCGCUGGAGCGAAAGACAAACAGAUCAAAGAGCAUGCGGCCCUUGGACGACAGAAUGGCCGAGUACGCCGCACCACCGGGCACAAUAGCCUCAACGUCGACGGUCGCCACGCCUUGCAGAAACUCUUCUGCAUCACGAUCAAAGACCUCGACUACCUUGCGAUGCGAGAGCAGCGUCCGUCCGCCGCCGCCAGCCACCGCCGCAACAUCGCUUGCCGCCACAUCGCUUGUCACUGACAUCAGUCGUGCCCACGACCUGCUCCUGCCAGCUACUUGCGCCACACGGGUCACCGCUGUCGCCGCCAAAGGCCACCGCAGCAUGGUUGAGCGAGUGGGGUGGAAGGGCAUGAGGGGGUUCAUAGCUGGGGGGGGAGCGGCGUGGGCGUCAAACCUGAGCGCGUCAAUGAUCGGGGUCGUGAUCAUGAUGCGUCCCAGCCGGCUCGAGGCACAAACAGCAUGACGACAGCAACCACAGACAUACCGGGAGACAAGAGCUUGAUGUGUAGUACGGUACGCUGCAACUACGAUCAAGGUACAUCAUCCUCGAUAUAGUCCCGCGAUGAAUGCAACCACGAGCGACAAGGCGUGAAGUCCAUCGCCCUUGGCAGCACACGCCGGCUCGGCAGACACUGGCACCAUCACCCACUCAACUCACAGGCGACGAGUUAGUGCAGACAAAGGAUAAUGUCAGUCAUUAUGGGCUCAAAGACGGGGUGGGUGGCUGUCUCGCUCGAGGCACUGAACCGGCAUCGGGUGCUGGUGGCGGCAGUGGCGUCCGAGGUAGUGCUGGCGCCGCUACUGCGGCUGCGUGUGGUGCUGGCGACCGAGGACAUGGCGGAUGCUGGUGGGAAGAAUGCCGUGGAGAAGCCGCCGCGUUCGGCGCGUGAGCUGAUGCGGAAGAUGUGGGAGGAAGACGGAUGGGCUGGCCUGUGGCGGACGGUGCCGGUGCGGAUUGUAGGCACAAUGGUCCGGCAUGCUGUGCGCCAGCUGGCGUAUCCGAUGUGGCGGGCGCGGCUCGCGACCGAUCAGUCCAAGUUGGCGUGGGUCAUGCUCUUCUCAUGCACACUUGCCACCGAGCGCCUCGCUGUCCACCCCAUCUUUACGAUUGCGGACGUGUACGCUGUCGAGUCCCGGGUCGCGACGUAUAGGCGGUACGGGCAGGCCGGCGAGACCAUGGCGGCCGAGGACGAGGCUGCGGCCGACGGCUCGGGGCUCGCUGCCCGGCUUGCACGCCGGGUGCCAGUUCUUGGCGUUGCGCGCAAGGUGCACGCGUCGGGCGGGCUCGCCGCGCUCUAUGCCGGCGUUGGCGGGUACCUGGCACUGGACGUGGUCAACGCUGUGGUGCUGGCAAUGAUCGACUCGUACUCGCUGCGGAUGGCGGUGUCGACGCUGACGUCGCUUGCGUUGGCCAGCCCGAUGUUUGCGGUCGGCUCUCGGCUGCGGCUGGACUCGUCACGCCCGCUGGAGCUGCAGCGGUACUCGCAGGCGUCGCUCGCGCCGUCGCUCGAUGUGCUCGCCGACGUGCUCGAUCACAAGGGUAUGGUCUACCUGUACCGAGGGGCAUGGCUGACUGUGGCAGUCCGGUCUGUCCGUGUCCUGAUUGUGCGCGGGAUUACGGCCGCGGUGGCGGCAGUCUCGCCGUGAGCAAGCAGAGGCGCAGGCCGCGCAGCGCUGGGUUCAUUGUCGCUACAGCUGGCUAGAGCGGGGGCGUCAAAGGCGAAUGGCGUUGACGGUCUUGAGCUCGUCGAUGGUUGCCGAGCCGGUGGAGAACAUGGCGACCUGGAGCUCCUUCUGCAUGCGGCGGAGAAGAGCCUCGACGGCGUCGGCCGA